AUGUCGACCCUUUUGUUUGUCAUCUUCGCCAUCGAGCUGCUGGCGCACGUCAUCAACGCCAUCGGCGCCGCUCAGAUCAACAGCCUGCUCUGGACGUUGAUCAACUACCUCCCCGUGUCGACGUCCAAGGCGGCGGCAGAGCAGCGCAAGCUCCAGGCGGAGUACCUCCGCGUGCGGCAGGAGCUCAACGCGACGAGCAGCCAGGACGAGUUUGCGAAAUGGGCCAAGCUGCGGCGGCAGCAUGAUAAGCUGCUUGACAAGCUCGACGCGGCGAAAAAGGGCCUCGAGGCGUCGCGGAGCAAGUUCGACAACUACCUCACGGCGGUGCGACUGCUGCUGACCAAGGCGCCGCAAUAUUUCCUGCCGUUUUGGUACGGCAAGGAGGCCAUGUUCUGGCUGCCGUACGGCUGGUUCCCGUACUACGCCGAGUGGAUCAUCUCGUUCCCGCGCGCGCCGCUGGGCAGCGUGAGCGCCCCGUCGUGGCAGCUCGCCUGCUCGGGCUUCAUCGCGCUCGUUUCCGAGCUGGUCGUGUUUGUGUGGACGGCGCUGUUCAGCCGCAAGGCCGCGGCGGAGGGCAGCAGUACCACCAGGGAGAAGGGACAACAGCAGGCCAAGACGCCGAAGAAGAAGGUGGCCGUGCCGGCCGAGCAGUCGGAGAAGAAGGAGUUGUAA